CGGGGGCGGGGCGGCAGUUAGCGGAGCGCGGCGGAGGCCUGCGGGCAGCCGGCCGGAAGCGCAGCACCCGCUCCGGGCCCCGCCUGGGGCGCGGCUGGCCGCUGUCCAGCGCCCGGCGCGGCUUCCGGGCUCCCGGCGCGUCGCCUCGCGGAGCUUCCCGGCCAGGUCCGCAGAGAGACCCGCGGGAAGACUGGAGGUGUGUCAACGUGUUAUGAUGCCGUCUCGUACCAACCUGGCUACUGGGAUCCCCAGUAGUAAAGUGAAGUACUCGAGGCUCGCCAGCUCGGAUGAUGGCUACAUCGACCUGCAGUUUAAGAAAAGUCCUCCAAAGAUCCCGUACAAGGCCAUCGCCCUGGCGACAGUGCUGUUUCUGAUCGGCGCCUUCCUCAUCAUCAUCGGCUCCCUCUUGCUGGCUGGCUACAUCAGCAAAGGGGGGGCAGACCGGGCCAUACCUGUCCUCAUCAUUGGCAUCCUGGUGUUCCUGCCUGGCUUCUACCACCUGCGCAUCGCCUACUAUGCCUCCAAGGGCUACCGGGGAUACUCCUAUGACGACAUUCCGGACUUCGAUGACUAGAACCCACCCCAGCAGCUGAGGAGAAGAGCCACCAAAGGCACUGAGCCCAGCUUUCAGACCUUGAGCAGGAACUAUGCUAACAGCUUCGGAACAUUGCAGUCUGCAGAUGUUUCACACACAAAAAGGCCAGAUUUAUGGGUCCAGCCUACAGACGGUCACUGAGCUUGCCAUGUCUAGCUAAUUAGGACGUGUUCUGCUUUGCUCCUGGCAAGUGCUCCAGACAAGUUUUUCCGUAUGCGUAUGUGUUGUUGACGGCUAACGAGGUUAAUAGCAUUUGGGGAAGGGCGGGCGUUCUGUCGGAGAAAGUACUGUGCUACGCCACGUGAGAUUGAGCCGUUCUUGCACGUAGGCCUCCUUGUCCGUGUGUUCCCGUGGCAAACGGAGGGCGGCCGUGUGUCAGCUUCCUGCUUCCCGAGUAGUUCUGGAACAUCUGCAUGGCACCUUCCCUCACCUCUGACUUCAUGUUCUGGUGGGAGACUGUGGCCAUACCAAAGUGCCAGUGUGACUCUUUUUUGUCAUUAGUUUUGCCUGCUUUCGCUUAUUCACUGCAGUCAGGAAUUUUCUUAACCUCAGAGCAAGUUUUCAGAAUGUGAACACUUUCAUCACCAAUCCUUGGCCAGCUCUGAGCCGGGUCAUCCGUGGGUUGGCCAGCAGACGAUUUGGGUGUUCUGUCCUUUUGUAGAUGAAGAUGUUCUGUAUAUCAUGCCUUGAAGGACUGGACUUUUGGCUGUUUCCUAAGGAAAAUGUAGAUAAGUGGUUAUUAUUUAGAGUUUAUAUAAUCUCCUUGUUAGCACCUUGUAUUAUGUAAUUUUACGGAACAUGUGGCCUGGCUCCCUACAGGACUAGACUUGGUUUGAUUUUGUUUCCUAGCUUUCACAAAGUGACUUCUAUUCAAGAGAGAUUAAAAUCGUCAAAUCCAAAUCCUAGGCUUAAAAAUAAAAUGAGUUAACUUUGAACAUAUUUGCGAAAGCA